GUACAAUCGAAGCAACACCAGUUGCAGUAACCUAGUAACGUCUGAAAGUUGGAACAGAAAAUGGUCGAAUGUGAUUAGCUUGGGAGGAAUGUUUGACCACUGUAAUUUGUAACAAGAUGUAUCCAAAGCAGGAAAUAGUGCAACACAGGGGAGCUCCCCACAUACAAAAUGCGUAUCCAUCGAUUCCAGUUAGUGGUACUCAGCCUACGCAAAACAUGCAGCCAAUACCAGUAGGCGGUACUCCGCCCAUGCAGAAUAUGCCACCGACUGGCCAAGCCAACAACAUACCAAUGGGAACCCAAUCACCGUAUGGACAAACAGGGCAACUAAAUGUACAACCGGUGAUACCUGUUCACGGAUAUUCAAUGAUUACAUCGGAAUACCGAAUACACCAAGCAAGGAACCUCGCGAUUUCUGGAAUAUUAGGAAUAGUGGUUGGAAUUGGCUUCACUAUAUAUGCCACAAUUGCUGACGGCAUGGGCGAAUUUAUCUAUAUCGGGCCAAUAUCAAUCUGCAUUGGAAUAGGUAUUACAAUUCUGGGAGCGUUCAUGUAUAAAAAAGCAAAGGAAUCAGUCGCCACUAAUGCAGUUGGACCUAGGAAUACUGAUGUAUCAAACAUAAAUGCUCCACAGCCAACCGUACUAACAGAAGCAAGUCAAGGAGCGUAUCCAGCUGCCCUUCCUCCAAAUGGGCCUCAUGCAUCUUCUCCACUACCAGGUGCAACCUUCCCGACAGCUCCACUGCCAAAUAGUCAGCCUCCACCUCCUUAUAUGCCGCCACCCCCAUAUUCAGGACAAUCUGCAAGGGGCAACUAAUCAUCAUUAACUCUAUACCAGCACUUCUUUGAUAGUAUUGGUUUAAUGUUAUUGAGAACUAUUCCAACUAUCAUACGGCAAUUUUGCAUUCACGAUAUUUUAACAGCAUCAUUAAAUAAAUCAGACCUACGUUUUUAUUUAUUUAGAAUCAGUCUAUAUCCAUUUUGGAACACACUAUAUCGUAAAUGCAACGUUUGUACGGUUCACUAUUAAAACAAAAAUAGAUUUUUGUACAACCAAUUGAUGAGUUGGUACUUUCGUUGAUCUUCAAGGUUCUAAUUUGACUACACAGUUCAUGUAGAACGGAUAUUUACACAUUUUGCAUCAAAUAUAUCCUUUAUUCACACAUAGCUAGACAUAGCUAGGCAAAGUGCGUCCAAUAUCAGCCACUCAGAAUACGAUAUUUCACACGGCAUACAAUUAUACAACCGAUCAUCGCAUCCAUUGAAUGUUUGUCAAUGGUUGUCAAGGUGAGAACCAGAUUCUACAAAUUGAAAUUGAUGCUUUGCAAACUUGACCGUUGCAAAAGGUUUUAUAGAAAAGAAGUUCUUUAGAUAUUUCGUACAUUUUAAGUGACAUGAAAAUAUUUUGCAAUGUGUGAAAAGAAUUUAAGCCCAAGACUCAAUGUAUUAUGGAAUGACCAUUCCUUUCAGGGGUUGUUUCCUAAAAUUAACAGUCGAUGCUGGCGCAUCUCGUGCACAUUUUUGAAAGCAAGACCUUCAACGAAUGGUCAUUCCACAUUGCACUGUGUCCUUACUCUCCAUUGAUAUAAAUAAAUGGAGAUUAGGACCAUAAAUUAAUAGGUCCUCCUGCCCUUUUACACCGGUUUACUAGAAAUAGUAAUUAAACUUUCGCAUUGCAUUUAACCCACUUAUACUUAGUGGGCUUUUCCAUAGGUGACAUAAAAUACCAGGAGAAUAUCCCUUUACUGGAUCAAACUUAUGAAUUUAAAGACGAAGGAACAAAAUCUGAU